CACUUGACAACAGAGGAGCCUUUUUUGCUGAGGACAUUUUCAGUCGCAGCAAUGUUCCCGGUGAGUGUGGAGGUGUGGUUGUUUGUAGCAGGACUGGUGCUGGCGGCUUAUGUAUACUCUCGCUGGCGCCACAGCUACUGGUCGUCCCGUGGUAUUCCCACCCCACCUUUUCUACCAUUCCUGGGACACAUGCAUAAGAAGUUAUCAUUCUUUCAGUCUCGAUGGGAUUAUUUCGACGAGGUAUAUCACAAGUACGGCGGAGCAUCGCUGUGUGGCCUCUAUGAUCUGUUUCGUCCUGUCCUAAUGAUUGGUGAUCCAGUCCUUCUCAAAGGCAUUCUUGUUAAAGACUUCGAUCAUUUUGUUGACCGAGAGAUAUUUCGGACAGAAGAAGGAAACAUUACUAAUAAAAUGCUAGUCAGAAAGUCCGGAGAUGAGUGGAAGGCACUUCGAGCCAUCAUGACUCCGACAUUCACCUCUGGCAAGAUACGUGGGAUGUUCCCUCUCGUCUGUAACAAGGCUGACACUCUUGUCUCUUUUACUCUAAAAGAAGCCGAUCAGAAACCUUAUGUUGAUAUGAAAGAUAUCUUUGGACGGUUUUCUAUAGACACUAUUGCUUCCUGUGCUUUUGGUAUUGAAUGUAAUUCUUUUACAAAUGAAGAACCAGAGUUUGCCAAAAGGGCAGCAACUUUCUUUGACUCAUUACUUACAAGGGUUAUCAAAUUUACUCUCUUUUCCAUGUACCCAAGGAUUUGUAAUGCUCUGGGCUUGAAAAUAGACACACCUUCUGUAAAAUUCUUCACAAGAGUCCUGAAGGAGAUUAUAGCAGCACGGAAGGCUGGUCAAAAAAGGAAAGAUUACCUGGACAUUCUCCUGGAUGCACAAAGUGGUCAUAAUUCUCCAACUACUGCCCAUGAAAACCACACGAGCAUCACUCACGACUCUUCAGUCACCGUAAUAGACAAAAAAAUCGCCCCUCUCUCUAAGCAAGUGCUGACGGACGAAACAAUUAUGGCUCAGUGUGUGUUGUUUUUUGCCGCUGGUUAUGAUACUAUGGCCUCCACUCUAGCCGUCUUGUCUUUCCUCCUGGCCAAGCAUCCCAUGCAUCAGCAACGUCUCCGUCAGGAGUUGCAGCAAAUAAUUCAAGAGGAAGGUGAUAUUACAUACCAGAGCAUCAUGGACGCAAAGUUUCUCAACGCUUGUGUAAUGGAGUCAUUAAGACUUUACCCACCAUUUACUUCAGGGGAACGACUGUGCACUAAAACUUACAAAAUACCUGGAACUAAAGUGAUUCUGCAUCCUGGUGACUUAGUGAUCAUCCCAUUCUGGAGUCUGCACCGUGACUCUCGCUACUGGUCAGAGCCGGAGAUGUUUCAUCCAGACCGCUUCAUGCCAGAGAACAAGGACAAGAUCAUCAGUUAUACUCACAUGCCCUUUGGGAUGGGGCCCAGGAACUGCAUAGCUAUGCGGUUUGCCCUGAUGGAAGCCAAAGUGGCCCUGGCGAAGCUACUGCUGAGAGCAGAAUUACACCUAAGAAGUAACCAACAAGAGCUGAAACUGGAAAAAAUUAGCUUAAUUUUGAGACCAGCAGCAGUUGACUUGGUGAUCACUCCUCUGACAACAACCACAACAUUCUAACUUCUUUCACUCCACAAAAUAUGAAAUAUAAACACACUACACAUGAACUGUUACUUAUUACAUGUUAAAAAAAACUUCCCGUAUUGUGACUUUCUUAAUUUUCAAACAAAAUCUCCAUACAACUAUUCUGCAAGUUACUCCCAUCUAACACACAACUAUACCAUCAGUGACCCGCACUGAAAACAUAAUCUGACACACACACA